AUGGCAAAGCGAAGGAGCAUUUCCAUAGUCCCGCCGCCAUGGCGUCCUGCCUCGGUUCUGGACAAAUGGGUUGAACGAGAAGCAAGACCCAUCAGUCUACGCCAGUUGACCUUCUUUGGACGUCUUCUUACCGAUACCCGAUUACUUGGCUCAGCUAAUUAUGUUCGACUCGAGCUUCCUACCAGAAUUGCACAUCGAAUCCGCGACAUGCAAACAUUACCCUAUGCCGCUCUGGUAAAUCCUCAUAUCAACCAUGUUUACGACUUGUACUACUCAGCCUUUGAGACGCUAAGGAAGGUCCCGGAAAUAAAGACUCUGAAGGACAACGACAAAUUCUGUGACAUUGUCCGAGAACAGCUUAGGGAUCACUUGAGCGUCAUCCCUAGACUUGCCAUGGGAGUACUCGAGAUAUCAGAAGCCAUCCCAAGCGACCAAUGCGACAAACUCGUCAACUCCUUGUUAAGGUCAAGAAUCAGCCGGCGAGUUAUCGCUGAGCAGCACUGCGCUCUGACAAAAGCAUACCACUCACCGGAUCAUCUACCUCCCGCUGCGAAACUUCACCCAGAACAUGGCGAUGACUUCGUCGGUGAAAUCUUCCUUCGAUGCAAUGCAAAGGAGAUUGUCCAAGAGUGCGCCGACACGAUUGGCAAUCUCGCAAAACAGGCAUAUGGACCCGACGUGCUCUUACCCGAGGUUAUCAUCGAAGGCGCCGACGACAUCUUCUUCCCUUACAUCCCAAGUCACCUGGAAUACAUCAUCGGCGAGCUCUUACGAAACUCCUUCCAAGCGACUGUCGAGCGUCAUGGUUCCAAGCCUCCACCGAUCGAGGUACUGAUCUGUGAGGCCGCACAACAUGUCAUCAUCAGAGUGUCAGAUCAAGGAGGCGGUAUCGAUCGAGAGAAUCUUCCAAACCUAUGGUCAUUUAGCAAAGGGCCGGAACGUAACAGAAGACUACGAAAUCUGGAACAGGUUCCAAAGUUGGCAGCAACGCUACAGGAUCUGAAAGUCCCCGAAACAGAAUCCCCAAACCAAAAGCACGAUGGAAAACAAACUCGUUUCGAUCACUCUCUGGGAUCUCUGUCUGGCAGACAUCCCGACCUCCGCCUCGGUAUCGGUCUACCCAUGAGCCGCAUAUUCGCCGAGUACUGGGCUGGUAGCCUUGAAGUCCAUAAUCUCGAGGGUUACGGUGUUGAUGCAUUCCUUCAGAUCAGCAAGCUCGGUAACAAGAACGAGACCUUGAGCACCAGGACCAGUAUGGACGCUUUAUAG